GAUAAAAUGGAUUCACCGGCUAAGAAAAUUCCAAAAGGUGAAGUGAAAAAAAAGAAAGUUUUCGAUAAGAAAGCUUACAGAAUUAGGAAAUAUGACAAAAAGGUGAAAGUCGAUGAGUGGAAGAACAAAAGACAAACCUUCAUGACUCACAAAUACAAGAAGUUGCAGAAGAAGCUAGGACCUGGACCUGAUAUUGAGAAAAUAUAUAACGAUAAUGGACCCCAGAAUUCUGAACUUGGACACGCAACACAAACAUCCCCGUCUCAGGGUAGAGGUCUUAAACCUGGAUUUAAGAAACCUACUUCUCUAGACAAAGCUAAGAAGAUGUUUGAACAGAAGAAGAAUGAGCGGAGUAAAAAAGAAGCGGAGUUUCAAAGAAGACAAGCGGAGAAGUUGGCAAAACAGAAGAUAUAUAAAGAGAAGAAGGAUAAACGAUAUAAAACUAUCAAGGCAAAGACGAAGAAUGGUCAACCCUUGAUGGGAGGACGGAUAGAUCUACUCCUAGAGCGAAUACAACAAACAAUGUAAUUUUUCAGAAAAAA